CAAUAAUGUUCAGCUGAGCUAUUCUGUGUAUGCUAUUGCAACUAUUGAGACCAUCCAGAACCACAGUACACAAGCAAAUACAAGCUCAGAUUAACAGUCUCACCAUGUCUCUGUCCUCCAAGCUCUCUAUCAAGGACCUUGACCUCAAAGAUCAACGUGUGCUGAUCCGUGUGGAUUUCAACGUCCCUCAAGACAAGGAGCUCAAUAUCACCAACCCAGCUCGUAUCGUUGCCGCCUUGCCCACGAUCAAAUACGCCAUUGACAAUGGCGCUAAAUCCGUCAUUCUCAUGUCACACCUCGGUCGACCCGAUGGUUCUCCCAACUCCAAAUAUUCCCUCAAGCCUGUCGCUUCCAAGCUCUCGGAGUUGCUUGGCAAAGACGUCAAGUUCCUGGACGAUUGUGUUGGAGAAAAGGUCAAGGAGGAGGUCUUGGCUGGAAAAGAUGGACAAGUCUUCCUGCUUGAGAACUUGCGAUUCCACGUCGAGGAAGAGGGCAAAGGCAAGAAAGGCGACGAGAAGAUCAAGGCCGACCCUGAAAAUGUCAAGAAGUUCAGGGAUGACCUGACCGCCCUUGGAACCGUGUACAUCAAUGAUGCGUUCGGCACAGCCCACCGUGCUCACUCUUCCAUGGUCGGAGUCGAGCUUCCUCAACGGGCCGCCGGUUUCCUCAUGAAGAAGGAGCUCGAAUACUUUGCCAAAGUCCUUGAGAACCCUGAACGACCUUUCCUCGCUAUCCUUGGAGGAGCAAAGGUCGCAGACAAAAUCCAACUCAUCGAUAACAUGCUCGACAAAGUUAAUACAUUGAUCAUUUGUGGUGGCAUGUCUUUCACCUUCAAGAAGACUCUGGACAAUGUCGAAAUCGGUCAAUCUCUCUUUGACGAAGAGGGAUCCAAGAAGUGCAAAGAGCUCGUCGAGAAGGCAAAGAAGAACAAUGUCAAGCUCGUCUUCCCAGUCGACUACGUCACUGCCGACAAAUUCGACAAGGAUGCCAAGACUGGCAGUGCCACCGACGAGUCUGGCAUUCCUUCCGACUGGAUGGGUCUUGAUGCCGGUCCCAAGUCCCGAGAAUUGUUUUCUCAGGCCGUAUCGGAGGCCAAGACCAUCCUCUGGAAUGGACCAGCUGGAGUCUUCGAGUUCCCUGCCUUUGCGGGUGGAUCCAACGCUCUCCUCGAUGCGUGUAUCAAAGCUGCCAAGGGUGGCGCUCAGGUCAUUGUAGGAGGUGGAGAUACUGCUACUUUGGUCGCCAAUGCCGGCAAGGAAGACGAAUUGAGCCACGUCAGUACCGGCGGAGGAGCGAGUCUCGAAUUGCUGGAGGGCAAGACCUUGCCAGGAGUUGCUGCCCUCAGUGAGAGAAAGUAGUGGGUCAUGUCUGCACUAGAGGAAGGAUUCUGCGAAACAAGGAUCACAGCAUCGGGCAAGACAUCCAAGCAGGAUUCGAGAGACAUGCAUAGAGUUGAUCGGUCGAGC